AUUAUUUUUUACGUAAUUCAAUCGGUCUGCCUGAAGAAAAACAUUGUCGCAGCAGAAAUUUUAGUGUUUGAACAAAAGAACGAAACGAUGAAGCCCGAUCCAAAGGAUAUCCCGGAAAUAAAGUUUGGCAAAACUGCCCUAGAAUUAUUGGACAGUAGAAACGCUGAACCACCGAGUGUAUUAUCAGCGUAUGGUAUUCAAUUUUGGUUCGGUUUGAUGGGAGCUGGCGUUCAUGGAGUUAGAAACUGGACUUAUCGACGACCUAAACUAGCUGGUGCUUAUUUGUAUCCAAUCUAUUUUGCUGUUGGUGCGUUUGUUGGGCAAUCGAUUUUGAACUGGCGACGAAACUAUUGGGCCGAUCGUGAUGCCGUUCUGAGACACUACGUUCAACUACAUCCAGAAGACUUUCCACCACCAGAACGCAAAAAAUACGGAGACGUUUUGUUAGAAUGGGUUCCAUGUCGUUAGAUACUUGUCAAUACUUGUGUACGCAUUUGCUAAUUGCCAUCGAUGCGUUUUUUAGUUAAAAUAUGUGAAAUUUAUUCAAAGCAGAUCGAUAAUAAAAACAAAUCUUAUUACCAAA